AUGGAUGAGGAAGUGGAAGUUGUUGAUCGUAAUGAUUUAAUAUUCCGCAUAAGGAUCGCCAAUGCGCUAUCACUGUUUGAUGAUGCAAGAGAGAAUAUCCAAAUAUUGAUUGAAAAUUACGGUAAAGAGUUAACCAAAGAGGAAAGGAAUUUGUUUGCAGUCUUCUACAAGAGCUUAGUGAACAAAUUUCGCAGAGAAUAUGACAUGUAUAUGGAUUUGCAAAGAGAAAUACCACGAAAAGAAAUUCUUAAGCAACGCAUUUUACGUGACAACAUGUACCGAGCACGUUAUGAAGUGGUCACUAUUUGCAAAGAAGUAAUCGACUUGAUCGAUCAUGGCAUAGUGGAUACAAAAAAUAUCGAACUAAAAAUUUACUUCAUGAAACUUCGUGCUGAUUAUUAUAGAUACUGGUCAGGUGUUGUAAGUGAAGAUCAAUUUUUUGGUGUACGUAAGCGCGCCGAGGAUUGUUAUCAGAUAGCACUUGAAUUGGCAGAUAAGAAGCUCAAAAGAUACCAUCCAUUACGUUUAGCUUUGAUGCUUAACAUGUCUAUACAUUACUACGCGAUACCAUGUGAACGUAUCAAAGCUUUACAGUUAUCAAUGCAAGCAGUGACCGAAGGUAAAGAACAUAUUAGAGAUGAUCCAGAUAUUCAUGUAGUGGUAAAUUUAUUGCGAGAUAAUUUAGAUGCUUGGAUGGCAGGUCUUGGUCCUGAUGAAGUGCAGGAACUGGAGUUUCUGGAAGGAGUAAGAAAGUGGCAUGGGAAGAGAGCAGCAGUAGCAUCCGCACAUUUAAGACGAUAUUUAUCUGGAGAACCAAGUCCGAAGUUUGACCCUCCAAUGCCAGUACGUCAACGAUAUUUCACUAUGCCACAACCAUUGGUGCAAUACAGUGAGCUUGAUCAGAUUUACGUUUGCAAUUACGUACCUCUGAAGCGAGACGCUUCCGUUUUAUAUGAACCACUCUUCGAGCCUCUUACGAUAUCCACUUCUCAUAAACAACAAAUUCCUUUGACUGAGCCAGAAAGCGCUGCAACUAAAUCAGAGAAUACCGGAACUGAAUUGCAAAGCACUCAGAUGGAAUCACAAAUCAUUGCACCCAUAACAACUACCUCAUCUACUCUUUUAGCAACAACAACAGAAUUACAGCCGACCACAAUUGACCAAGAUCCAAACUCCACUGAAGCACCCGAAAACAUAAAUCUCUGUACAUUUCAUAUAAAACCCGCAUCUCCUACAAUUUCCUUUGGUCAUGCAUUAUGCGAAGAGCAAACAGAACAUGAAGAGGAUGCAUCACAUGAGAAGCAUGCAUCACACGAAGAGCAUGUAUCAUACGAAGAGCAUGUAUCAAACGAAGAGCACGUAUCACAUGAAGAACAUGUAUCACUACCAGACCCUUUUGAAGGAAUAUUUCAACCGGUCCUUAGUUCAUUGUCCAUGCUAUCUUCGUCCACCACAUCAUCACAAUCGCAUGAUGAAGAUGACAAUGAUAACCUCGAACAGGGAGAAAAUCGUCCAUCAAUAUUAAGGACUAGUAGUGCACCACGUGAUAUUCCACGUACGAAUCAAAUAAUCCCAUCAACAGUAGAUCCUACAAGUGGACUGACAAAACGACUUCAUAGUUUUGAAUCCAGAAUGCUAUCCAUAAAGAGAAGCCAACUGAGACUGGCAGCAGAACGGGAAUCGGAAGGUGGACACCCAGAUGAAGUAAACGAUUCACUUCCGGAAGUGCGCGGGACAACAAGCGUAGUUGCAAAUGCGGAACCGCAGAUAGCUUCAAACAUUAUGGCUACGGCCACAAUCGACAUUCCACAACACAUCGUGACAAGUGAGGUUCCAGUCCUUUCUCAGAGCCAGAUAACAAGUGAACUUGGUACUGUUGGGGAACUACAACCGCAAUCUCAAAAUAUACCCAUUGACCGUGCUGGAGAUGAUCGCGAUACUGAAUUACAGCAGCAGCUCACUGCUUUCUCAAAUCAACCCGCUGUAAAUGUUUCUGCUUCUCUUCGUGAAAUUGAUCUCUCUACUCAACAUCAACAACAUCAAAACAUCUCAAAGACGGAACCAACGAAACCUUCCAGGACAUAUGAACAUCUUGUAUUUCCAGAACCCGCACCACCAACUCCACCACCACAAGUCAUUUUCACACCGCUUGGUCCGAAGAUCAUCGGGAACUUUUCCCCAACUCCAUCGCUUGAAGGAGCUGUUGCAGCAGUGUCGCCUUCUUCAUCAGCUAAAAAAAAAUCAAAAGUUGUAACUUUUAGUGAAAAGCAUACCUAUUGGUCUUCACAAUCAAUAGAGGGAGAAACUUGGAGUGGGCAGCUUCCAACGCAGAGAACAACUCGACAGAGAUCAACCCGACAGAGAUCAACUCGUCCACCUUCUCUAAGUCCACCAUCAUUCGAAAGAGAACAACAGCCUGAAAAUCGUAGUAGUCAAGAAAUCACAGUGACACUCCCGCAAGACCCAAGUCCUCACCAAGUUUCGCUUUAUCCGCAACAACUUCACAGACAAGACCAAUCAUUAGAAAGUCGUCGACGAAAGUUGGCGCAACAAAAACUACUUCGGCGCUCUUUUUCAGCUCCUCGAGAAGGUGCUAUAUGGCCAAUAUCUUCCUUAACACGAGAACCGGUUUAUUUCAUCUAUAAGGUUCUGCGUCGAGCUUCCGUAGCAAAUGAACAGAUCUUUGGCAGGCGAUUUCUUUCAGCACAUUCAAGUGCUGAGGAUUUGUAUGACGAAGCUGCUGAAAAAGUCUUCCCUGAUCCAUGGGCUCCGAGAGGAGCAAGGACAAUGCGUAACACCUUCCCUAUUACACCAUGGUAUCCCAAUGAGGAACCUCGUGUUCCUUGGAUUCGAUAA